UGUCUGCGCUCUGGUGCUCGCUGUGGUAUUUUCAGUUAGGGGGUACUGGAGAGCUGUAAGGGUGUGGGGGUGUGGGAGUGUGUGAGUGAACGAGAGUACCAGCGCCAGAUAGAGUCAGCUUCAGCUGCUACUCCGGGAGAGAGGCGAUGAUGGCGGCGGCUGUGGAACGAGGAGGAGUUCGGGCCGCCUUCUUGAACCCUAGCAGCGGCGGUGGCGUUUUACCGGGGCUGGCAGUUACACCAGCGGGACCCGGAGCAGGGGUCGGAGUCGGAGCCGGAGUUGUAGUGGGAGGUUCUGGUUCAGGAGGCUCCGGUCCAGUCCCGGUUCCUAUGAACCUGUUCGCUACCUGGGAGAUAGACCGCUCUUCCCCAAGCUGUGUUCCGAGGUUAUGUAGCCUGACUCUGAAAAAGCUGAUCGUGCUCAAAGAACUGGACAAAGAACUCAACUCUGUUGUGAUUGCUGUGAAAAUUCAGGGCUCAAAACGGAUCCUGAGAUCAAAUGAAUAUCACCUUCCACCCAGUGGGCUGAUGGAGACUGAUCUGGAGCUGACAUUCUCUUUACAGUAUCCACAUUUCCUCAAGAGAGAUGCAAACAGGCUUCAGAUAAUGUUGCAGCGGAGAAAGAGAUAUAAAAACCGCACUAUUCUGGGCUACAAGACACUGGCUGUGGGAGUAAUCAACAUGGCUGAGGUAAUGCAACACCCUACAGACGGAGGUCAGAUUCUGGGUCUCCACAGCAAUGUGAAGGAUGCCCCAGUCCGAGCUGCUGAGAUCAGUGUGUACUCUCUCUCCAGCCAGCCAAUUGACCACGAGUACGGCAGCGUGCCAGCAGGGCCAAAAACAAAAGCGUCAGAUCGAUCGCCUGAUAACUACUCCGAGGAAGAAGACGAUAGCUUUUCUUCUGAACAGGAGGCCAGUGAUGAUGCUGUGCACGGCCAGGAUCUGUAUUAUGAAGAUGAUGAAGUAAGAAAACCUAAGAAAUCCCGAAGGAAAAUGAUCAGAACGACGUCUAUGACCCGGCAACCGAAUUUCAAGCAGAAGUUUGUAGCCCUACUGAAGAGGUUCAAAGUUACAGAUGAGGUUCUGGAUUCUGACCCAGUGGACCAGACCCAGGAGGUGGAGGAGGAUCUGGAUCUGCUUUAUGACAGUUUGGAGAUCUACAACCCCAGCGACAGCGGGCCUGAAAUGGAGGACAACGAGAGUGUCCUCAGCACGCCGAAGCCUAAACUCAAGCCAUUCUUUGAGGGAAUGUCACACUCCAGCUCACAGACAGAGAUUGGGAGCCUGCACAGCCAGAACAGAGACCAUGCCAGUCCUGCUGCUGAAUUCCUUGAAAGUGAGAAGAGCAAACCUGCCCCCUCCAGGCAUUUGGAAGAGGUUGUUGUGGAAUCCACGACGGGGGAGGCUGAGGAGGAAGAUUUAGGCAUUGGAGAUGCCAGCACCUGGGACAUCAGCACAGAUAAACUGACUUCUUCUGUUGGGAAGCUCAGUAAAACAGAGUCCCAGAACCUUGUGUCACCCAGCAAAGUCGAAAUUAAGCAGCACAGACGCCCCCGAAGCACUUCGAUGAAAGAUCGUCAGAACUCAAAAGCACAGAUUGACCGAACAAACAGCAUAGACAGUGAGAGUUCACCAGACUCUAGGCUCAACACACAGGUCCCUCGAAAAUCCGUGUAUGACCAGCUGAACCAAACCCUGAUCUCUGACGAGCAGCUGCCAGAGAGCAUCAUCUUGAUCAAUACGACAGACUGGCAGGGCCAGUAUCUGUCUGAGAUUCUACAUGAGCAGAAUCAGCCGAUUGUUUCCACGUGCUCGGCGGCGGACGUGCAGGCAGCGUUUAACACUAUUGUUACCAGGAUCCAGAGAUUCUGUAACUGCAAUUCCCAGAUGCCUCCUACAAUAAAAGUGGCUGUGGCUGGAGAUCAGAGUUAUCUGAGCACCAUCCUGAGGUUCUUUGUGGAACAGCUGGCAAACAAGACUCCUGACUGGCUCAACUACAUCCGGUUCCUCAUCAUCCCUAUUGGCUCCCAUCCACUAGCCAAGUACUUGGCAUCAUUUGAUAGCAAAUUCAACAACAUCUUUAUGGAUACAGCAUGGAGGGAGAUCUUCUGCAAAACAGAACCACCAAACUCAGAUAACAUCGAAAUUGCCAGUCGUGUUAGCCAGUACAUAGCGGGUGCCAACAUUUCCCAUCAUUUCCCCAUUUCGGAGGCCAUGCUCACCUAUAAACAGAAGAGGAAAAGAAGUUUGUAUUUUGAUUUUUAUGUCAGCCCCGAUGAUGAUUCUUGUCAGAAAUUCAUCCCUUUUAUUGGGGUGGUAAAGGUGGGGAUUGUGGAACAGAAUCUCUCUGCCUCAGUGGAUUCUGAUGAUGCCACAGUGUGCAAUGUUAAUCUGCUGACAUCCCCUCCGGCCUCUGCGGGCAGCACGUAUGGGAAGGAGAUGACCUGCACCCCACCCCCAUCCCCUUCUGUCUCCAGCGGACUGUCCGGAGCUGGCUCUCCGGGUUUAGGAGGAGAGGUGAUGGGACUGCAGGUGGAUUACUGGACCUUGCAAGGGUCGGAGAAGAAGAAGGACGGGGAGAAGCGAGACGUGGGCAUGAAAAAUACUCUGAAGAGCAACUUCCGCUCCCUCCAGGUCAGCCGGAUCCCCAACAGCGGAGAGCUGACAGCACCCGCCACCAUGUCCAUGACUGUGGUCACCAAGGAGAAGAACAAAAAGGUAAUAUUCCUCAGUAAGAAGCCCAAAGAGAAGGAGCUUGACUCAAAAAGUCAGGUGAUUGAUGGGAUCAGCAGGUUAAUCUGUACUGCCAAACACCAGCACACCAUGCUUAAAGUCUCCAUCGACGGUGUGGAAUGGAACGAUGUCAAGUUUUUCCAGCUGGCUGCUCAGUGGCCUACUCACGUGAAGCACUUCCCUGUGGGAAUAUUGGGAUACACCAAACCAGUGUAGAGUCAGUUGCAGCUGAACUUUUAAAAGAGAAAGAAAGGGGGCAGAAAAACAACAACAACAACACUAAAAUAGAGUUUUCCUGUGGAAAUUAUAAACCUCAAAAGUUGUCCUUCAGUUAUUUUGUUAUAUUUUUAUUAUACAAGGCAAGGAAGGAACACUUUCUUUUUUUUUUUUUUUUUUUUUUUAAAUGCUGCCACUCCGAAAAACAUAAAAAAAAAGAAAACAAUUAUUGUUUUUAAACAUGGCAGCUUUGUUUGCACUUUAAUUAUUGUUUGUAUUAUUUCUGUGAAAACUAACAUGGAUGUUUGUUACAACAGCAGCAGAGCAAUGGAAGACAGGUGGUGUGUGUGUGUGGGGGGGGGGGGUCUUUACUGUGGUGAAUAUAGAGAAGAUUGCUGCUGUGACACUAGCUAGGGAUUUCUUCACCUGUUUUAAAUGCUUUUUUGACUUACUGCCAUUUUUAAUAUAAGAAUGUUAGCAAAUGCCUUUUUUUAUUUUAAAGCACACUGUGGAUUAGAAGCAAAAAAAAUAAAAUCAUAAUAAUAAUACAAAAGAAAAACAGAUGCAGAGACUUUGAGUAGAAAAUGUAGAAAAAGAGUGCUGGCAUUCAGAACUUGACUACAGAAGCAUGGCAUCAACUUGUGACAAAAGACUCUGGGAACCUCAAGAAGGGAUGAAGUGACAUGAGCUCUGCAGGUCGCGAUGAACUGACCAGGGCUCUCCUUUCGCUUACAGCUGGACACCAAAUUGAAGUACAUAAGUGUUCACUGUUUAAUUCCUACAAACCCUGAACUUGUGUUAUGAUUUUUAUUAUUUAUAAUUGAAUCUCUGGAGCACUAUUACUGUUUUAACAAAGUGUUUGGAUGGGGGAUGGGGUCAGAGCUUGAUUCGUACUGCAGCAACCAGUGGUGGUUUCAAAAGGAAACCAUUGAAAAGCAAGAAUCUUUUCCCUUCUGUUUAUCUAAAUCUGUUUCAGCUACAGGUUAUUCUUUGAGUUUGACCUAACUGAUAACAGCAAUUCAAUUCUAGUACUGUUUCACCUUUUCCCCCUCCUUUUCAUUUCAACAAAAGUUGAUAUUCCACUUUUUUAAUGUAUUAUUUUUUGUUGUAUUUCCCCAUAAUACCAUUCCACUAACACUAGUAUUCGGAACACAAAUA